AUGACAGAAACAGCAGACCUUAAAUCAGAACAUACAGAGAAGGUUACAGGACUUUCUACCUCUAAGGAAGUACCCGAAUCCACGCUUACACAAAGAAAACAACUGUCUGCUCCAGCUACACCAUCUUCAAAACGUUCAACUACAUCAAAGAAAAAACGUGCAUUUAUCAAUGUGGCUCCGUUGAAUACCCCAUUGUCUCAUCGACUCGAAACUUUGGGGGUUGUUUGGCAUUGUAUUAGUAUUCCUUUUUUUAUUUGCUUAUUUUUUUUCAUGAUAUCGUUGGGUUUAUUUGGGUGGAUUGUAAUAGUCUUGCCAUACUUCAUUUGGUGGUAUGGGUUUGAUUUGCAUACCCCAACCAAUGGUAAAGUUGCUUAUCGGUACCGUAAUUCAAUGAAGAAUUUCAUCAUUUGGGAUUGGUUUGUCAGAUACUUCCCUAUAAAGGUUUAUAAGUCUGUCGAAUUGGAACCCACAUUCAAGGAGGUUUUGGUAGAAGAGACUGAAAGUUCGGAAGAUGAUGAUGAACAAGAUUUAGUGUCUGAACGAAGCAGGACAUUGGUUGACAAGGUUUUCAAGUUUUUUGGAUUGAAAAAACGUUUGAAUGAUACAUCUCUGGGGAAAUCGGAAACCUACAAAACGGUGUCUACUGGUCCCAGGUAUAUAUUUGGAUACCAUCCUCAUGGGGUUAUUUCAAUGGGUGGUGUUGGUUUAUUUGCAACCAAUUCGUUACGAAACGAACCCUACACACCUUUCCUCAAAUUCUUGAAGCCAUUCUUCCAUGACAGUACCAAAGGUGAACGGUUAUUCCCAGGUCUUGGAAAUAUUUUCUUGUUAACAAUCACCACACAGUUUGCUAUACCAUUUUAUCGUGAUUAUUUGAUGGGGUUGGGAGUCACCAGUGCUUCAGCAAAGAAUAUCAGAAGUUUAAUUAACAAUGGUGAUAAUUCUGUCUGUAUUGUGGUCGGUGGAGCUGAGGAAUCUUUGUUAAACAAUAUGGUCGCAAAACACGCCAGAGUUGGUUACGGAUAUAAAGAAAACCAGGACAUUAACGGAAGCGACACCGAAGAUGAUGAACCAGAGCAGCAACAACAACAACAAAAUGGAAACGUCGAGGUCAAGAAGAAGAGUACAAAAGAAGUUGACAACAAAACAUCAAGCCAACCUCCUAAACGUGAAGUUAAAUUGAUUUUAAACAAACGUAAAGGAUUUGUUAAAUUGGCCAUAGAAUUGGGCAACGUUGCUUUGGUACCAACUUUUGCAUUUGGUGAGGCAGAUGUGUAUAGAUUGGUCCAACCAAGUCCCACAUCUAUGAUGUAUAAAUUCCAGAAAUGGAUGAAAGGUAUUUUCCUGUUUACCAUUCCAUUAUUUAGCGCACGCGGUGUUUUCAUUUACGAUUACGGGUUGUUACCUUUUAGAAAUCCUAUAAACAUUUGUGUUGGUAAACCGAUAUAUAUCCCUGCUGGAGCCUUGCAAGAAUACAAACAACAACAUCCAGAAGAGUUUACUGAGGAAGAGACUAAACCACCGAUGAAAAAAUCUGGGUCCUUUACCGAUAUUUUCAAAAUAAACGAUGAAACACCAAAAAUCUCCACGAUCAAAACGAAAAUACCACCUGCAUUAUUAGAUAAGUAUCAUAAGUUAUAUGUAGAUGAGUUGAGAAAUGUUUAUGAAGAAAACAAACACAAGUUUGGUUAUGGAGACGUUGAAUUUAGUAUUGUCGAAUGA